AUGCCCGAAUCGGUCGCUCUGCAGAGCAUUCCCACGCUCUCUUCCCUUUUCAAGUCGGGUCGAGCCACAAUCUCCCGCUCCAUCACUUCCGCAUCCCCUUCGGCUGCGUCUGCAAGCAAGAUCCGCUUGUAUCAAGGAGACAUUACAACGCUGGAAGUGGACAGCAUAGUCAAUGCUGCUAACCAUUCUCUGCUGGGUGGUGGUGGUGUGGAUGGAGCGAUUCACAGACGGGCUGGAGAGGAAUUGUUGAAAGAGUGCAGAGGCUUGAAUGGUUGCGAUACGGGCGAUGCCAAGGUCACAAAGGCUUACGAUCUGCCAGCCAUGCACAUUGUGCACACCGUCGGACCCGUCUUCUCCAAGAAGAAUCCCGAAAAGAGCGCAAAAGAGCUGCGCUCCGCAUAUAGGCGGUCUCUUGAGGAAGCGUCCAAGCUGACAGAUGUCAAGAGCAUCGCUUUCCCGAGCAUCAGCACGGGCGUGUACGGAUAUCCCGUGGAAGAAGCCACGCACAUUGCGCUUUCCACCGUCGCAAGCUACCUGAACGACAGCGACGACAGCCAACUCCAGAACGUUGUCUUUUGCACCUUUUCUGCCGAAGACUACGACGUGUAUCUCCGCCUCGCGCCAGAGCACUUUCACGAUGGGUAG